GUGCCAUGACUGUGGGGCUAUUCUUGAAGAAUAUGAUGAAGAAACACUAGGGCUGGCCAUAGUUGUGCUCUCAACCUUCAUUCACCUUAGUCCAGAUAUGGCUGCUCCUCUGCUGUUGGACAUCAUGCAGUCUGUAGGAAGGUUGGCAUCGAGUACCAGUUUUUCUAAUCAAGCAGAAAGUAUGAUGAUCCCUGGAAAUGCUGCAGGUGUGGCCAAGCAGUUCCUCCGUUGUGUGUUCCAUCAGCUGGCUCCCAAUGGUAUCUUCCCCCAGCUCUUCCAGAGCAAUAUUAAAGAUGGAAGUUUUUUGCGGACCUUAGCCACGUCUCUUAUGGACUUCAGUGAGCUGAGUUCCAUUGCUGCUCUGAGCCAGCUGUUAGAGGGUUUAAACAACAAAAAGAAUUUACCAGCAGGGGGUGCAAUGCUACGCUGUUUGGAAAAUAUUGCUACCUUCAUGGAAGCCUUGCCGAUGGAUUCACCCAGCAACCUCUGGACCACAAUUAGUAAUCAGUUUCAGACGUUCCUUACUAAACUUCCCAGUGUUUUGCCACUUAAGUGUUCUUUAGAUUCUAGUUUAAGAAUCAUGAUUUGCUUGUUGAAGAUACCUACCACUAGUGCCACCAGGAGUCUUCUGGAGCCUUUUUCAAAAUUACUAAGCUUUGUAAUUCAGAAUGCUGUCUUCACUCUGGCCUACCUGGUGGAACUGUGUGGGUUGUGCUACCGGGCCUUCACUAAGGAAAGGGACAAAUUCUACUUGACACGCAGUGUCAUAUUGGAGUUACUGCAGGCACUCAAGUUAAAGUCACCAUUACCAGAUAUGAAUUUGCUGCUGUUGGUGCAGUUUGUUUGUGCAGAUGCUGGAACAAAACUAGCUGAGUCAACAAUCUUACAUAAACAGAUGAUUGCUUCUAUGCCUGGAUGCGGAACAGCAGCAAUGGAAUGCAUGAGGCAAUAUGUUGGGGAAGUGCUGGAUUUCAUUGCAGAUAUGCAUACCUUAACCAAAUUAAAGAGUCACAUGAAGACUUGUUCACAGCCACUGCAUGAAGACACAUUUGGUGGACAUCUGAAAGUUGGGUUAGCUCAGAUUGCUGCUAUGGAGAUCACCCGGGGAAACCACAGAGACAACAAAGCUGUGAUCCGAUACUUGCCUUGGCUUUACCAUCCUCCUUCUGCAAUGCAACAAGGGCCCAAAGAGUUCAUAGAAUGUGUAUCACACAUUCGUUUGCUGUCCUGGUUACUUCUGGGGUCUCUGACACACAAUGUUGUCUGUCCAAAUUCUCCAUCAUCUUGCAUGCCUAUUCCACUGGAUGCGGGUUCACAAAUUGCUGACCACCUUAUUGUCAUUCUGAUUGGGUUUCCAGAGCAAUCAAAGACAUCUGUUCUGCACAUGUGUUCCCUCUUCCAUGCAUUUAUAUUUGCUCAGCUCUGGACAGUAUAUUGUGAACAAACAGCAGUAGCUCCAACAGUCCAGAAUCAGAACGAAUUUAGCUUUACAGCAAUCCUCACUGCCCUGGAGUUCUGGAGCCGAGUGACACCUAGCAUCCUACAGCUAAUGGCACAUAACAAAGUGAUGGUGGAAAUGGUGUGCCUGCAUGUGAUCAGUCUAAUGGAAGCUUUACAGGAAUGCAACUCUACUAUCUUUGUAAAGCUCAUACCAAUGUGGUUGCCAAUGAUCCAGUCAAAUCUAAAGCAUUUAUCUGCUGGACUCCAGCUUCGCCUCCAAGCCAUCCAGAGCAAUGUCAACCAUCACAGCCUAAGGAUGUUACAGGGGUCAGGACAAAUGAACAGUAGCUCAUCUGUGCUCCGCAAAUGGCUACAGUGUACCCAAUUUAAAAUGGCUCAAGUAGAAAUUCAGUCGUCAGAAGCUGCAUCUCAGUUUUAUCCUUUAUGAUUCAUGUAAUUUGUUCCAAAUGUUCACUUUUAGCCUAGCAAUAACAGGGACAGAGCUGUAACAGACCAUUUGUAUAAAUCAGUAUACAGAGUAUAUACUGUAUCUAUACUUUUUAGGCUAGGACAUACUGUGGAAAAGCUUAUAAUGGGUGAAGCUAAGAACCUGAUCCUGCCAGUCUUUAAUUACACUUAGGAUCAACAGGUUCUUAACUCUGCAUUCAUGAACAUGUAUUUGCAGGAUUGGACUUAAGUCUAUCACAUUGUACAUAUCUCUCUGAUCAUUGAAAUAUCUUGUUCUUAAAUGUUUCUUUAUAUUAUUUUUGAAGCUAAGACAAAAAUC